UACACGUUGUGAGAAGGAAGUUUCUUCACAAUAGUGAUCAGCUAACUUCGCUAUCAAUUUUGACCUGAUCAAAGUGAGCUAUGCCCACUUUAAACGGGAAACCCGAUGUUAUAUUUGAAGAAGAUGAUUUGCCUUAUGAAGAGGAGAUCAUCAGGAAUCCAUAUUCUGUCAAGUGUUGGAUGCGUUACAUAGAAUUCAAACAGAAUGCCACCAAGUCUGUUCUCAACAUGAUCUUUGAGAGAGCUCUGAAGGAAUUGCCUGGCAGUUAUAAGCUUUGGUACAACUACUUGAGAGAGCGAAGGAAGCAAGUGAAAGGGCGAUGCGUCACAGACCCAGGGUAUGAAGAAGUCAACAACUGCCAUGAGAGAGCUCUGGUUUUUAUGCACAAGAUGCCGAGGAUUUGGCUGGAUUACUGCCAGUUCCUGGUGUCCCAGAGUAAGAUGACCAGGAGCCGGCGCACGUUUGACCGCGCCCUGAGGGCCCUGCCCAUCACCCAGCACCCCCGCAUCUGGCCCCUCUACCUGCGCUUCGUCAGGAACCUGCCCUUACCUGAGACCGCCAUCAGAGUCUACCGACGCUACCUCAAGCUGUCUCCAGAGAAUGCAGAGGAGUACAUCGACUACCUGCGAUCAGUGGAACGUCUGGAUGAGGCAGCUGUGCGUCUGGCCGCCAUUGUGAACGAUGAGAACUUUGUAUCCAAGGAGGGCAAAUCCAACUACCAGCUGUGGCACGAGCUGUGCGACCUGAUCUCCCAGAACCCGGACAAGGUGAACUCCCUCAAUGUUGGUGCCAUCAUCCGCGGAGGCCUGACGCGCUUUACAGAUCAGCUGGGGAAGCUAUGGUGCUCCAUGGCUGACUACUACAUCCGCAGCGGCCAUUUUGAGAAGGCCAGAGACGUGUAUGAGGAGGCCAUCCAGACGGUGGUGACGGUGAGAGACUUCACCCAGGUGUUCGACAGCUAUGCACAGUUUGAGGAGAGCAUGAUCGCUGCCAAGAUGGAGACCAACUCAGAAAUGGGGAAAGAUGAGGACGAUGAUAUUGAUCUGGAGUUGAGGUUGGCUCGCUUCGAGCAGCUGAUCACCCGCCGCCCCCUGCUGCUCAACAGCGUCCUCCUGAGGCAGAACCCCCACAACGUGCACGAGUGGCACAAGAGAGUCAAGCUGUACGAGGGCAAACCACACCAGAUCAUCAGCACGUAUACGGAGGCUGUACAGACAGUAGACCCCAUGAAGGCCACAGGCAAACCGCACUCCCUCUGGGUCUCCUUUGCACGCUUCUACGAGGACAACGAACAACUCGACGACGCGCGGACGAUCUUUGAGAAGGCCACGAAGGUGAACUACAAGCAGGUGGAUGAUCUGGCGGGAGUGUGGUGCGAGUACGGAGAGAUGGAGCUGCGACACGAGAACUACGACCAGGCCCUGCACAUCCUCAGGAAAGCCACAGCUAUUCCAGCGCGGAAAGCAGAGUACUUUGAUCAGUCUGAGCCUGUGCAGAAUCGAGUAUACAAGUCUCUGAAGGUCUGGUCAAUGUUGGCUGACUUGGAGGAGAGCCUUGGGAGUUUCCAGUCCACUAAGGCGGUGUAUGACCGCAUCAUUGACCUCCGGAUAGCCACUCCUCAGAUCAUCAUCAACUACGCCAUGUUCCUGGAGGAGCACAACUACUUUGAGGAGAGCUUUAAGGCCUAUGAGCGAGGCAUCGCGCUCUUCAAGUGGCCCAACGUCUAUGACAUCUGGAACACGUAUCUCACCAAGUUCACCGACCGCUACGGAGGGAAGAAGCUGGAGAGGGCGAGAGACCUGUUUGAGCAAGCCCUAGACGGCUGCCCUGCAAAGUUUGCCAAAACCAUAUACCUGCUGUAUGCCAAGCUGGAGGAGGAGUAUGGGCUGGCGCGGCACGCCAUGGCCGUGUACGAGAGGGCCACGCAGGCCGUGGAGCUGGACGAGAGGCACCAGAUGUUCAACAUCUACAUCAAGAGGGCCGCCGAGAUCUACGGAGUCACGCACACCAGGGCCAUAUACCAGAAGGCUAUAGAGGUCCUUCCUGACGAGCCGUCCAGAGAUAUGUGUCUGCGCUUCGCUGACAUGGAGGCCAAGCUUGGGGAGAUCGACCGAGCCAGAGCCAUCUACUCCUUCUGCUCCCAGAUGUGUGAUCCCAGGAUCACGGCUAACUUCUGGCAGACGUGGAAGGAGUUUGAGAUUCGCCACGGUAAUGAGGACACUAUCCGUGAGAUGCUGAGGAUCAAGCGUAGUGUCCAGGCCACCUACAACACACAGGUCAACUUCAUGUCCUCGCAGAUGCUCAAGGCCUCCUCCAACGCUGCCGGCACAGUGUCAGACCUGGCCCCUGGCAUGGGUGGUGUGGAUGACAUGAAGAUGUUGGAGCAGAAGGCUCAGCUGCUGGCUGCGGAGGCCGAACAGGACAAGCCCAAACCCAAGGAGAAGAUCCUCUUCGUCAGGAGUGACGCCUCUCGAAGCGAACUGGCUGAACUGACCAAACAGGCCAAUCCUGACGAGAUCGACAUUGAUGAUGACGAUGACGAAGAUGAAGAUCAGGAUGCAGAACCUGACGAGGUCCAGUUGGAGCAGAAGACCGUCCCCUCGGCUGUGUUUGGAGGUCUCAAGGAAGACUGAUGUAACAGCGUCAUUGCCAGUCGAAUCCAGAGAAAAAAAACCUUGUGAUCACAAAGACUCUCCCUGAAAUCAUGUAGGCCUCACUGGCACCAACAACCUCAUUACUUUUUCUGCUCCUCCCUCCCAGAUUUGUAUGGAUGUAGUACCAGCUUUUGUACACCAGAUGUCACUCUUUGCUGUUCGUGAACUUUCACUUAGUUGUGUACGCUUAUGUCAACAGCUCACAUUAAAUGUUCUGUCAGCCCUUUUA